AUGGAGCACUGGAAUCGAAUCAAGAUUGCCAAAUACCAGAUACUGAUCACCAACUUCUUUGUCUUGCUGCUGGGUCUCUCUACGGCCACCAUGGCAGUGGUCACUCACUUUGGAGACCGCUUUACUGUCAUUCGUCAAGUAGCCCUGGAGAGGAACCCCUAUGAAGGAAUGCACUAUUGGGCCUUCUACGUGGGGAUCAGCCUAGCAGGUCUACUGAGCCUGGGCGCUGUCCUGAGCACGAUGGCCACAGUGAGGGAGGCCCAUGGCCUCAUGGCUGCGGGUUUCCUGUGCUUUGCCCUGUCAUUCUGUGUCCUGGUGCAGGUGGCAUUCUGGAGAUUCCACAACCCCACCCAGGUGGAGGAUGCAGUAUUGGACACCUAUGACCUCGUGUAUGACCAGGCAAUGAAGAGCCCAUCCAGCAGCUGGUGGCAGGAGCUGGCCACCAUCCAGGACACGUUUCUGUGUUGUGGGAAGAAGUCUCCUUUUGGGUUUCUGGCGAGCACCAGAGCCAUCCCAUGUCAGGGCCAGGAGGCCAUGAGAGAGGACUGCCUACAGAGGAUCGGGAACUUCCUGUGGACACAUUACAGUAUCGCCUCCACCCUGACCUGCACCAGCCUGGCCCUCACGGUGUACGCUAUGAUGCUCUGCGCCUUCCUGUGGUUUGCCAUUCAUUCCUACUGUGGCUUGGAUCGCAAAGGCAGAUAUACCCUCACCCCACGAGCCCAUGGCUGCCAGCCCCAGGAACCCAGCCUCUUCAGAUGGACCAAAGAUGGAGUGCCUCAAUGCCCCUCUGAAGCAUAAACAUUUGCUAACUAUUCGACAUCCCCUCUGAAGCACGGGUGUUCGCCGAUCAUCAGGUCUAGUAGGAUGCUUGCUGCCUACUUGCCCACAGAGAUGAAGACGUUGGCGCUGAGCCCUCCAUGAUCCACCUGGUGGGGCAAGGGAAGGGGAGGAGAUUCUAUCAGUGUGUUAGUUAUUUUUACAUUGUUGUGGCCAGACAUCUACCAGAAACAGGAAGGACUUACUCUGGCUCAUGGUUCCAGAGAGAUUCUGGUCCAUCACAACAGGGAAGGCACGGAGGAGUGGCUGUGUCUACCGCAGCAGGAUCAGAGGGUGGCAAAUGCUGGAGGCUGGAUGUUGAGGUAAACUAACUUGCUCUGGGUCAUUGUGGAGCAAA